AUGCCCUUCCUCGCUCUCUCGGCGCCUCGGCUGGCGAAGGUGGGACCGUCGAAGGGUCGUGGACCACUGCUGGCGAAAUUUGCUCCUGUCGGUUUCAAGAAGGGGUUCGGCGCAGUCGGGCUCGGCCGCCACACAAAGAAAGGAUUUUUCAUCAUCAACACCAUGCUUGUUCCCAUGUUCAAGGUCCCCGACCUCUCCAACUGCAAACUCCAGUGCUACGUUGCCCCUGACACGUAUCGAAUCGUUCAGCAGAGCUUCCGAAAACGGGAGCUGGACGACGGAGAAGAUUUCUGA